CCACAUUCUAAGGCACCGACUCCCCACCAUUCGCGCACCGUGUUAUCUUUCCCCUCGACUCUUCCAUGGUCGCACUACCAUCUCAUGCCUCGACACGAUCACGGUCCGUGAGCAUCACUAACGCCACAUCUAAUAUCACCCGGCGACCUCCUUAACUAUUGGACCCAUAAUUGGAUAUAUCCUCCUUCAAACACGUCUUACUUUGGCAAAAUGGCAGACCCUACUCACACAACGCCGCUCAGUCCGCGCACUAGCGAUGUCUCGGAUUACCUUUGCGACAACGACUUCAUGGAGAACUCUAUCGCGCUCACUCAUACACGCUCACGGGCCAGUGAGGCCAGUACACGGAGCGCAGGCGAGAAGACGAGACAACACAGCAAACUCCGACACGCGAUAGGGAUAGCACUUCUUCUCGCGACGGUGUUUCUAUGGACGGCCAGUAAUUUCAUGUCGAGCUCGAUAUUCGCAGACUCGUCCUACUCGAAGCCCUUCUUCGUGACGUAUAUCAACUCGGCUUUCUUCAUUUUCCCGCUUAUCCCUAUGCUCCUACACCACUUCUGGGCCGACCGCGCGAACCCCACACACCGCCAACCCCUCCUCGUACAAUGGCGCAACUUCGUCAACCGCCGCGCAGGCAGAUGGACACUCCUCCGCGACCACGAACAGCACUCCUCCUCCUUGUCGUCGAAAUCGCACACAGAAUCCGGCAGCGCAGCAACCGAGCUCCUACUCGGCAACUCCCCGCACGAAAGCACGGAGAGAGUCGACUCGCUAGAAGAAAGCCUCACCCUAAAAGCCACAGCCAAACUCAGCCUAGAAUUCUGCCUCGUCUGGUUCCUCGCAAACUACUUCGCCGCCGCGUGUCUCGAGUACACAACCGUCGCAUCCAGCACAAUCCUCGCCUCCACCUCCUCCAUCUGCACGCUCAUCUGCGGCGCGCUCCUCCGCGUCGAGCGCUUCACAUUACGAAAAUGCAUCGCAGUCGGCGCCUCCCUCGCGGGCGUCGCACUCAUAAGCAGCAUCGACGUAUCGGGCGAAACGGACGAAAACCGGGGCUCGUUCCCGCACAAAUCCCCGCGCGAGCUCGCCCUCGGGGAUACCAUGGCUUUCGUCUCCGCGGUGCUGUAUGGCUUCUACGCCGUGCUGAUGAAGAAGCGCAUCGGCGACGAGUCCCGGGUAAACAUGCCGCUGUUCUUCGGCUGCGUGGGCUUGUUCAACGUCCUCCUCCUCUGGCCUGGUCUCAUCCUCCUGCACAUGACGGGCGUGGAGCGCUUUUCGCUCCCCCCUACGCGCAAGAUACUCACUCUCGUGCUUGUGAAUAGCGCGUCGAGCCUUGUGAGCGACUUCUGCUGGGCGUAUGCGGUGUGUUUGACGAGUCCGUUGAUUGUUACCGUGGGAUUGAGUUUGGCGAUUCCGGUCAGUCUUAUUGGGCAGAUUGUGCUGGAUGGGCAGUAUGCGGGGGUGUGGUAUUGGGUUGGGGCGGUGGUUGUGGUGUUGUCGUUUGUGUUUGUUAAUAAGGAGGAUGAUCCAGGUCGGUAUAUUCGAGCACGUUUUCGCCGAGUGUGUAGUCCCCUUGCCGUGAGCGGACGAGGGAGGACAUAA